AUGUUCCGGAACGCUUUCCAGCAUCGCUUCGUUACGGUGUUCAGUAGUGGCGGUAGCAAGUCGCUUGCCAUCUGGGAUGUGCAUACGAAAAAUGGCCACGCUAGGCGUGUGACCGAUGAGCAUACACGUUCGCUGGCCUUCGAGCUGACCGGCGUAAACGUUGCCACCACCUUCAUGGUAGCCCCAUGCGCGCCCUGUCCAUCGCUCUCAAUCAAACUGCCGUUUCUUGUGAUGUUGGUAAAAAAUAUGAAGAAGUUUUUUUCCUUCGAAAUUCAGAUUCUGGACGAUAGACAAUCGCUGCGCCGUUUACGCUUCUCCAACUACCAAAGUGUAACGCGUGUGAAUAACUUCAGCACCUUCUUACCAUUAUCUUUGUCACCGAGCUGGGGUCAGAUACAGAUCAACCUGGCUGAUUUUACACGAAAAGCCUACGGCACGAAUUAUGUGGAGACGGUCCGGUUGCAAAUACAUGCCAAUGUGCGUAUCAAGUGCAUCUACUUCUGUGAUCAACUUUACACGAACGACGAAACGCCACCCGAGCUGAGACUGUUCCAACCGAUCCGACCAAACCGUAUAAUGGAGUUGAAGAAGCAGCAGAAGCCGCCCAAGAUUCCACAUGAGCCAAUUGAAACUGUACGUCCGCCGACACCGGUAGAUAGUGCUGAUGUUACUAAUCUGUUGGAGAAUGAGCUAGCAACUGCACAGUGCGCCGCUGGAACAGAAGUCUAA